UUCCUGUCGCCCAUGUGCAUCGGGGAGGUGGCGCAUGUCAGCGCCGAGAUCACCUACACCUCCAGGCACUCUGUGGAAGUCCAGGUCAACGUGAUGUCCGAAAACAUCCUCACAGGAACCAAAAAGCUGACCAAUAAGGCCACCCUGUGGUACGUGCCCCUGUCCCUGAAGAACGUGGACAAGGUCCUCGAAGUGCCUCCUGUCGUGUAUUCCCGGCAGGAGCAGGAAGAGGAGGGCCGGAAGCGGUACGAAGCUCAGAAACUGGAACGCAUGGAGACCAAGUGGAGGAACGGGGACAUCGUACAGCCCAUCUUGAACCCCGAGCCCAACACCGUGAGCUACAGCCAGUCAAGCCUGAUCCACCUGGUGGGGCCCUCGGACUGCACCCUGCAUGGCUUCGUGCAUGGAGGGGUCACCAUGAAGCUCAUGGAUGAGGUGGCCGGAAUCGUGGCUGCACGCCAUUGCAAGACCAACAUAGUCACAGCUUCUGUGGACGCCAUUAAUUUUCACAACAAGAUCCGUAAAGGUUGUGUCAUUACCAUCUCUGGCCGUAUGACCUUCACGAGCAACAAGUCCAUGGAGAUCGAGGUGCUGGUGGACGCCGACCCUGUGGUGGAUAACUCGCAGAAGCGCUACCGGGCCGCCAGCGCCUUCUUCACCUACGUGUCGCUGAGCCAGGAGGGAAAGCCCCUCCCUGUGCCGCAGCUGGUGUUUUAA